AUGUCGGAGCUGAGGACGAGGAGAACUCCCUCUCCCUCAUCUCCUCUCCCAUCCUUUUCCUCCCUGCUCGGGUUUCUAUCCCUCCUCCUCUCCCUUUCUCUCUAUCCUGCCUCCUCAUCGGCACAGCAGACUGUGCCUGUCAUCUCCACAGCGCAGGGGCGGAUCCGUGGCAUCCUGACCCCGCUGCCCUCCGACCUCCUGGGGCCCGUCAUCCAGUACUUGGGUGUGCCAUACGCAAGGCCUCCUACGGGGGACCGGCGCUUCCAGCCACCCGAGCCUCCUUUACCCUGGCCAGGAAUACGAAAUGUGACACAGUUUGCUCCCGUGUGCCCGCAGUCGCUGGAUGAGAGGAGCAUGCUGGGAGAUAUGAUGCCGUCCUGGCUCACGGCUAACCUGGACAUAGCGGCGACGUACCUCACUCACCAGAGUGAGGAUUGUCUCUACCUCAAUAUCUACGUGCCCACUGAGGAAGACAUCCAUGAGGAAGGGGGUCAGCGGCCGGUAAUGGUCUACGUCCACGGUGGCUCGUACACAGAAGGCACCGGUAACAUGAUGGAUGGCAGUGUGCUGGCAAGCUACGGCAACGUCAUCGUCAUAACCCUCAACUAUCGCCUAGGAGUGCUGGGAUUUCUGAGUACAGGUGACCAGGCAGCCAAAGGGAACUAUGGCUUGCUGGAUCAGAUCCAGGCUCUGCGUUGGGUGAAGGAGAACAUCGCAGCUUUCGGAGGAGACCCAAACAGGGUCACCGUCUUCGGAUCUGGUGCCGGCGCUUCCUGCGUCAGCCUGCUCACCUUGUCUCACUACUCUGAGGACCUGUUCCACAGAGCCAUCAUCCAGAGCGGCAGCGCAUUAGCCAGUUGGGCUGUCAACUACCAGCCCAGCAAGUACGCCCGGCAGCUUGGUGAGAGGGUGGGAUGCGGCAUCGACGACAGCACCCAACUGGUCGCCUGCCUCCAGGGCCGGAGUUACCGCGAACUCGUGGAGCAGAACAUAACGCCGGCCAAAUAUCACACGGCUUUUGCCCCGGUGAUUGAUGGUGAUGUUAUACCAGAUGACCCCCAGAUUCUGAUGGAGCAGGGAGAGUUUCUGAACUACGACGUGAUGCUGGGGGUUAAUCAGGGCGAGGGCGUGAAGUUUGUGGAGGGCAUUGUGGACUCAGAGGACGGUGUCACGGCUGAAGACUUUGACUUUGCUGUGUCAGACUUUGUGGAUAGUUUGUAUGGAUACCCAGAAGGCCGAGAUACGCUGAGAGAGAGCAUAAGGUUUAUGUACACGGACUGGGCGGACCGUGACAACGCAGAAACCCGGAGGAAGACUCUAGUUGCGCUGUUCACAGACCACCAAUGGGUGGCGCCAGCGAUCGCCACAGCUGACCUCCACGCUCAGUAUGGAUCCCCCACCUACUUCUACUCCUUUUACCACCACUGCCAAAGUGACGCCACGCCGCCCUGGGCUGACUCCGCCCAUGGUGACGAGGUGCCGUAUGUGUUUGGCGUGCCCAUGGUGGGACCCACCGAUCUGUUCAACUGUAACUUCUCCAAGAACGACGUGAUGCUGAGCGCUGUAGUCAUGACUUACUGGACCAACUUUGCCAAGACCGGUGACCCAAACCAGCCGGUUCCCCAAGACACCAAGUUCAUCCACACUAAACCGAACCGUUUUGAAGAAGUGGCCUGGUCUAAGUACACCCCUAAAGAGCAGCUGUACCUCCACAUUGGCCUGAAGCCCAGAGUCAGAGACCACUACCGUGCUACCAAAAUCUCCUUCUGGCUCCAGCUGGUCCCUCAUUUGCAUCAUGUCAACGAGCUCCUCCAAUCGGUGUCCUCCUUUACACAUAGUCCCUCUCCACAGGAUGACACUCCUUAUUCUUACACGAAGCGUCUGGCCAAAGGUUGGCCGCCUAGUAGCACACGGCAUCCAGGUUCACAAGGAGGUACUCCACAGCCGCCAGAGUCUGCUCUAGGCCAAGGUGGAGGGGAAAACGGGGUCCGGGUCCCAAAUGAGGACUACUCAACCGAACUCUCGGUGACGAUCGCGGUGGGAGCGUCCCUGUUGUUUCUGAACAUCCUGGCGUUUGCGGCUCUGCUGUACAAGAAAGACAAGAGGCGUCUGGAGCAUCGUCGGCCACGUCCCCUUCCUCCCCCGAGGCGAGACAUCACACCCGCGGAUGUCGCCGCACACCUGCAGGGAGAGGGACUGAUGUCACUGCAGGUGAAGCAGCUGGAGUGUGAUGCAGCAUCAGCAGACGAGAGGAACAACGCUCACCACCAUCACACUCUGGACACACUGGACGCCCUGGACGGUUUGGACACCCAGGACAUCUACAGCACGCUGGACACCGUGCGCCUCACCUGCCCGCCAGACUACACCCUCACCCUGCGCCGCUCGCCUGAUGACGUCCCCCUCAUGACCUCCCUGACCCCAGGGUCACUGCCGGUGACCCCUGGGUCACACCCUGUUACCCCGGCGACGCCGAUGACCCCCAUGACGCCUGGAUCAGUGGUGGGGAUGAGGAUGGGGCAUCCGCACCAGGGAUACACACACCAUAGCCCGUAUAGUAAUACACACUUGCCACACACACACAUCUCCACGCACACACACUCCACUACGCGUGUAUAA